AUGUUCAAACCUUGUAUCGUCUUCGAAAGAGAUGAUCCUGAUAUAAACCAAGGUCCAACAAUUGAGGGAAAUUGCAUUGGAGUUCCAUUUGCAUGCUCAUCAUCAUUUCAACAGCCUAUUAGUAUCCCCGGACCAUCAAACUUCUUCAUCCCCAAUGGUGCUAAUAUCGAAAACAGCACAUACAAUGCGGCAGCGAAUGGCACUACAGAGAGUACAUUUAACAACACAACUGAAGUACUGGAGAAUCAUGCAAAUGUGUUCACGCAAAUCGCCGAAGCAGCAGCUGAUGAACUCCUAAUAAUGGCACAAACAGGCCAGCCUCUUUGGUUACCAGCUGCUGGCCCUGAAAACUACAUAGAAAUCCUUAACGAAGGAGAGUACUUGCUCAGUGUCUCGAAAUGGGCGGUUCCUAAUUCUUUUGGUUUCACGAGGGAAGCUACCCGAGCUGUCACGAUGGUUAAUAUGAAUGCUUUUCGUUUGGUGGAGAUAUUAUGUGAUGCUAAGAAGUGGUCUGCAUUGUUUUCUGGUGUCGUGUUGAGGGCGACCACGAUGGAGGUUCAUUCGAGGGGGAGGAACUAUAAUGGAGCUAUGCAAGUGAUAUCUGCUGAGUACCAACUACCAUCUCCCCUCGUUCCUACCCGUGAUAUUUUAUUUCUGCGCUACUGCAAGAAACUGCCUUUGGAGAGAACUUGGGUAGUUGUUGAUGUUUCCUUGGACUUGUUUCGAUCUGAUCCAGCACCCAACCGAUGCCAAAAAAGACCGUCAGGCUGUAUAAUCGAAGAAAUAGAAGAGCAAACAAUAAAGGUAAUCUGGGUUGAGCAUGUUGAAAUCAAUGUACAAGCCAAUUUUGUUCAUGCCAUGUACAAGCCAAUUGUCAGUUCUGGUAUCGGUUUUGGAGCGAGGCGUUGGUUGGCUAUGUUGGGUCGACAAAGUGAUCGCAUUGCAAAUGCGAUGAACUGCAAUAUUCCCUACUUCAGCGAGUUUGAUGCAGAGAGAGCAACUCGAGGUACUAGUCCUGGUAAUAAUGUGCUCAAGCUUGCAGAGAGGAUGGUGUUAAGCUUUUAUGCUGGAUUGGCUUGCUCUCUUGCUCAUGGCUGGGUUAAUGAAUUUGGAGACGGCACUGAAAGUGUCAAAAUUGCUAGUAAAAGAAAUGUCGGUGAUCCUCGAAUGCCUUCUGGUGUCAUUGUCAAUGCUUCAGUUUCUUUCUGGGUACCUGCAAUGCCGAAAAGGGUUUUUGAUUUUCUCUGUGAUGAAAGCUCUCGUGAUAAGUGGGAUAGCCCGUCUGAAAGAGAGAAACUUGUACCAGUAGUUCUAAUACCCACAGGCAUAGAAUCUGGCAAUUACAUUUCAAUUCUCAAACAGGCAAAUGACAAGACUAAGCACAAGAAAAAGAUGUUCAUUCAAGAGAGCUGCUUUGACAAUACUUGUUCAUACUUGAUCUAUGCUCCUGUUAGCAAGAGGUCUGUGAAUGUGUGCAUUCAUGGUGGUGAUCAAGAAAGGAUACAACUUUUGCCUUCAGGGGUUACUAUUGUCCCUGAUGGGCCUUACUGGAUGACAAAUGGCUCGCUCGUUACUGUUUCGAUCCAGAUAUUGUCUGAUUCUAAUCCCCAAACUGAUGUAAAUCCUGGUUCUGUUGAGUUGGUGAAUAAUCUGGUGAUGUCUGUUGUCGAUAGCAUCAAGAUCGGGGUAGUGGACGAGAAUCAGUAG